GCAGAGAGAAACCCAGCUCCUAGCAACGCUCAAGCAGAGGAAGCUCGAGCUCCUAGCACCAGCCAAGCAGAGAGGAACCCAGCUCCCAGCAACGCUCAAGCAGAGGAAGCUCGAGCUCCUAGCACCAGCCAAGCAGAGAGAAACGCAGCUCCCAGCAACGCUCAAGCAGAGGAAGCUCGAGCUCCUAGCACCAGCCAAGCAGAGAGAAACGCAGCUCCCAGCAACGCUCAAGCAGAGGAAGCUCGAGCUUCCAGCACCAGCCAA